AUGUCCGCGAGGCUGCAAAAACACCCCGAUCCUUGCAACCACUUGUCUGAUUACAAACUUAGACACGGCACCGAUGGUUACAAAUCAUUCCAGAACAUGUUCAGAUGCUUCAACGACGGUAGAAUCAUCAUCAAACUCGACACACCUCCCAGAUGCACUCACUGCAACAAGAACAAGAGACUCUACAUCUGUCUGAUCUGCCGCUCAAUAUCUUGCUCAAGCCACCUCCUUUCCCACACCCAAUCCAACAAAGGCCACGAUCUCUCCAUCGACAUCGAAAGAUCCGAGCUUUACUGCUCCUCCUGCUUCGACCAGGUGUACGAUCCUGACUUCGACGUGGCUGUCGUGUCUAAACAGCUCAUGGUUAAAGAUGUCGUUGUUGGUUUUAGAUCGAACAAGAAGAGGAGGUUGUUGUUGGAGUCUUCGCAGUUGAUUAUUGGGUCGUCACAGCUGUUUGUGGAUCGGAGGGAGAAAUGGUCGUUUCCUUUAGGGUUGAGAGGUUUGAAUAACUUGGGGAGCACUUGUUUCAUGAACGCUGUGUUGCAAGCGCUUGUUCAUGCUCCUCCUUUGCGGAACUUUUGGUUGAGUGGUCAGCAUAAUCGUGAUCUUUGUGAGAGGAGGUCUUUGGGUUUGUUGUGUUUGCCUUGUGAUCUUGAUCUUAUCUUCUCUGCUAUGUUCUCUGGUGAUCGUACUCCUUAUACCCCUGCUCAUUUGCUUUACAGUUGGUGGCAGCACUCAACGAAUCUAGCUACUUAUGAGCAGCAGGACUCUCAUGAGUUUUUUAUUUCGUUAUUGGAUUGUAUCCAUGAGAAUGAAGGGAAGACAAAGUGUUUGUAUAAAGAUCAUGAAGAGUGUCAGUGUAUUACUCACAGAGCAUUCUCUGGUCUUUUAAGAUCAGAUGUCACCUGCACAACGUGUGGAUCAACCUCAACCACUUACGACCCAUUCAUCGACAUUUCACUUACUUUAGAUUCAUCAACAGAUUGCAGAAAGAACAGAAACAGCGGUGAGCCAAGCGUGAACAAAGCAGCGAUGCCAACUCUCUCUGGCUGCUUAGACCUCUUCACUCGGUCAGAGAAACUCGGUCCUGACCAGAAACUAAACUGCCAAAGCUGUGGAGAUAAAAGAGAGUCUUCAAAACAAAUGUCCAUAAGAAGACUUCCUCCGCUUCUCUGCUUGCACGUAAAGCGUUUUGAACACUCUCUCACCCGUAAAGCCUCUAGAAAAAUCGACAGUUACUUGCAGUAUCCCUUCCGCUUAAACAUGUCUCCUUACCUCUCUUCCUCCAUCAUUGGGAAGAGGUUUGGGAACAGAAUGUUUGCAUUUGACGGAGAAGGGGAGUAUCAUCAUCAUGAUGGUUCAUCAUCAUCGUUGUCUUCAUCAGCUGAGUUUGAGAUAUUUGCGGUUGUGACUCACUCGGGGAUGUUGGCUUCUGGUCAUUAUGUGACUUACCUGAGGCUUAAAGGGUUGUGGUAUAGAUGUGAUGAUGCAUGGAUCAAUGAGGUUGAAGAGGAAGUGGUGAGAGGGUGUGAGUGUUAUAUGUUGUUCUAUGCACAAGAGAGAGUGAUUCAAAAGGCUCAUAAGGAGUUGAGUUAUCAAGUUAUCUCCAUGGCUGAUGCAUUUCCCUUUGCUGAUUGCUGA